GGCGAAAGCUACGAAGAAACCAGUGGGGGUGAAGGAAAUAGAAUCUACUCAGCCAAAGAGAAUAGAGGCGAAGAACGUCAAGGAGGAUGAUAAAAAAGAAAAGCAGGCAACUACAAUCAGGGAGGAUGAAAUGAAGAGAUGGAUGACGACCACGUUCGGGAGCUCUUUGCGCAUCCUAACGGAGAAGGUAGAUAAGGUGGAGGAUAAGGCGAAGAUGACCGAAGCCGAACGGGAUGAAUUGCGGAAACUGCGAGCGGAGAAAGAGCUGCGUGAGCUGAAGGAGGGAUCAAAUUCGGAAAAACGAAAAAGGGUUGAGGUAACACCAGGCGCUUCGCCACGAGUCAGGCGGGUAAAAACGAAGUCAGCAGUCAAAAUUCGGAGUCGGCCACGAAAUGGAGUGCUCGUCUUGUCCGAUGAUGAUGAAGCUGAUACAUGCAAACACGGAGGAAACUUGAAGAAGAAAUUCGAGGAAGCUCGGGCUUCCUCGUCGACAUCCGCUCAAAUGGAGAUGGGGGAAAUCAAGGAUCUUCCGAAGAGUCUCGUAGAAGCACUGCCAAAACUGGUCGGGGUUCAAGAUCACGGGAAGGCUGCUAUGACCGAAGAAGGAGAUGAACACAACGAGAAGAUGGAGACAGUCCAACCAGGGGAAGAGGAAGAGGAAGUGUUGGAGGAGAGGGAUGAGCUCGGCCUAGGGACUUACAUGAAAAACCGAGUUGAGAACUAUGAGUCUAUGCACUACACGCAUAUUCGUGCUCUCUGUGUUGAAAAAGGGUUACCCUACAUUAGAAAAGAACUGGGAGUGAUGGAACUGGCUAGAUCGGACUUAGAUGAAUAUAUGAAGUCCUUACGUGAGAUGGAUGAAAAUGGGGUAACGGUUUCAGAACCCGGAGAAGGGGACGAGAGACAGGAUGAGGUGGAGAAUGUUCGGGAAAACUAGGAGCCCAUUCGAAGCGGGCGAUGCUGAGGUUGUUCACGAGGGUUGGGAUACUUAGGGAACAGGUAAAGAUUGAUGGAGUAUU